CAGUUGCGCGUGGAACGCCGUCGAGGCAGGGUCUGUGUCGGUCUUGUGCGCGCGCCGCUGUUGUGCCCGAACGAGUCGCGGGAGUCGCGUGUGCGCGUUCGCAUUCGGAGUGUGUGUGAGUGUGUUGUGCGCGGUUGUGCGCUUGUGCCAUUCGCCCGCCGCGUGUGACAGUGUCAUUCCCUCAGCAUUAGACAACGCGGAAGUGUGCCUUUCCGCAAGCGGUUUAGUGCGUGCGUGGGAGUGUUUGUUUGUGUUAUCGAGUGUUGUGACAAGUGCUUUAAACCACCCAGUGUGCAUUUCUGAAUACUCUUGGAUAUUGUGGAUUACCCGCCGUUCGCCGCAUAGUGUGUUGACGCGUGCCAUGGACGUGGCUGUGAGGUGACUCGGCCGCAGGAUGGCGCGCACGCGCUGCCGCACGCUCUGCAGUGCCUGCUGCCGCACGGCCGCGGCCCCCAUGGCGCUGCCGAUGCCGCUGCUGGUGCUGGCGCUGCUGCUGUGCUCCGGCCGGGGCGACUGCCACGCCGCCCGGGACCACGACAUGCAAGGUUGGCCAGAGAUGGCGCGCGGCGGCGGCGUGUCCAUCCCCGGGCUGCAGGGCUCGCUGGGCGCGCACAUGGGCGUGGACCCGGCGCCCCCCGUGGAGGACUACGACACCAGGGACGACUACACGGAUGACUACGACGACACCACCAACACGUCUGAGACGGCGUCCUCCGGCGGCGUGGCCUCGCGCCCCGGCGCUGCCCCAGGGACGAGCACCACGCCGCAGACCAAGACGCACGUGGCCCCGGGGACGGGGUCUCCGAGCGGCGGCGGGGGCGGCGCCCACUCCGGGGGCGGCAACGCCCUGGAGGCGGGCGCGGGGGCGGGGCCCACUGCGGGGCCUUGGCUGGAGGUGUCGCGACCGCUCGUCAACGUGACCAAGGAGACGGGCGAGUCUGUGCGUCUGCGGUGCGAGCUGACCGGAGACCCGCCGCCACGCAAGGUCCGCUGGUACAAGAACGAGGCCCCCGUCCAGGAGGAACGGAACCGCCUCGUGACCCGCCGCUACCAGGUUGAGGGCGGCACCCGGGGGACCACCGUUGGCUCCCGCUUGAGGAUCUCGAUGCUCGAGGUUCACGACAGCGGCUACUACAAGUGCGAGGCCUCGAACGGUCAUUCGACAGUGGAAUCUACUUCCAUUCUUAUCGUCAAGGUUCCCAAAUGGGGUGUGAUGAACGCUCCAGCUGAUAUCCCCCAUUUUCCACCCGUGUUUGCAAAUUCACACGGAAGUUUUGGUGGUACGAAUGACCAUAUUGAUUCCAUGGGCAUGGGAUCCAUGGGUGACAUUGCCAGUCAAAUGCCAAGAGGGUUGCCAGGUGCAGGAGGACUACCUGGUGGACUUGGAGGCUUAGAUUUGAGUAGUGGAAUGCCGCAUCAAACAUUCACUUUAUCAGGGAUGCAUGGAUUUGGAGACACCUCAGACUCCCUUCUUCCUGAAGGCACUUCCACAGAACCUAUUUGUCAGCCUUACCAAGGGAAUAUUUGUUGGGAGUUCCUUGCCAAUAAAUCUGUUUAUAUCAGACCGACUCACAAUCAACAAAAUAUAGAAAUGAUGUUGACUCGGGCAUUAACCGUUGCCAAUCACUCUCCUGACAUCACACCACAGUGUGUUAAGUUUGCUAAGCCAUCGCUCUGUUACUCAGCAUUCCCAGUUUGUAGGGAAAAGGUGCAUGAUAAGAUAACCAAGCCAUCACAGAAGCCUCGUAGGAUAUGCCGUACAGAUUGUGAGCUGAUAGAAAACAAACUAUGCCCAUUGGAAUAUGCUUUAGCAAAACGCAAUGCUCUUGUGAAACAAGUUAUGCAAGAUUGUAGUGAGCUGCCACUGGCAGGAACACCUGAUGAUGAGGGCUGCCUCUCUCUUAACAUUCCCUCUGCUGAAACUGCAGUACAAGUUGUUCCACAAGAUUUUAUGCCAUACAUAUUAGGUGUAGCAGGUGUUUUGGUUCUUAUAAUUCUUGUGGCUACUUAUAUUUGCUGUAGAAGACGAAGAGUUGCUGCUCAAAGCCGAUUCCCAAAUAGUUGUGGGAGCAAGAUAAAUGGCUUGAAACCACCUCGUACAGCUGCUUCUCCCCUUCAUAAACUUAGCAAUACCAAUCAAAUGAUGGAAAUGAAUUCCCUUUUGCCUGCCAAUGGUACAAUUGUCAGCCACAAGAGUGAACGUCCUAGCAAUGGUGGAAUUUUAAGGGUCAGAGAAUACCAACUUAAUAACAUUCGUUUCAUGCAAGAUUUAGGGGAAGGAGCUUUCGGAAAAGUCUACAAAGGGGAAGUUUUUGGUGGACCUGAUGAACCUAAACUGAUGGUGGCCAUUAAAACCUUAAAGGAAAAUGCAAGUCCAAAAACUCAGGGAGACUUUAGACGAGAAGUAGAGUUAAUGUCAGAUCUUCGCCAUCCCAACAUAGUCUGUCUCAUGGGUGUAGUUUUGAAAGGAGAACCCAUGUGCAUGUUGUUUGAAUACAUGUCUCAGGGUGAUCUUCAUGAGUUUUUGAUCUGUCAUUCUCCUCGUUCGGAUGUGUCAGCUUGUAGUGAUGAUGGAAGUUCUCAUGUUCUUGACCAACCAGAAUUUCUUCACAUAGCACUACAAAUUGCUGCUGGCAUGGAAUAUUUGUGUAGUCAUCAUUAUGUACACCGAGAUCUGGCAGCACGGAACUGCCUUGUUGGAGAUAACCUUACUGUUAAAAUAUCUGAUUUUGGUCUAUCAAGAGAUAUUUAUUCAUCAGACUAUUACAGAGUACAAUCCAAGUCUCUGCUUCCCGUUCGCUGGAUGCCACCAGAGUCUAUCCUUUAUGGAAAGUUCACAACUGAGUCAGACGUAUGGAGCUAUGGAGUUGUCCUUUGGGAAAUUUACAGCUAUGGAUUGCAGCCAUACUAUGGGUACAGCAACCAAGAAGUCAUUGACAUGAUUCGUAGCAGGCAGUUGUUACCUUGCCCUGAAGAUUGCCCCUCUCGUCUAUAUGCGCUAAUGAUAGAAUGCUGGCAUGAGGUACCUGCAAGAAGACCCUCAUUUCCAGAAAUUCAUGCCAGACUUCGUCAGUGGUGGGCUGGUAGCGGAUUCAGCAGUAACAGUUGGGAAGCCCCAGAAAGUAUGCAAGGUGGAACAAGUAGUUGCAGUGGAAGCCAUAAAUCAAGCACUGGCCCUAGUAAUAAGACAGGAUCUACGCAAUUAUCCAAUAAUGCUGACCUGGGAAGCAUAACUCCGGGUAUGACGCCUUCACGUGCUAGACCAGAAACUUCAAUGAGCCAUCAGCUCCAAAGUCCUGGGAGGAUUGGGCCUCCAGCCACUCCCCCUUUUCAUCAUCAAGUUAUGCACCACCAGUCCUCUCAAACACCAACUAAAUUGGCUAACCAAAGGCAUCCACCCCCACAAUAUUCUCUUCACAAUCUUCAGUCACAUAUACCUCCACCACCGUUGUCCCAGCUCAAUUCCUUUGGCAAGCCUGUUGGUUCUCAGCUUAUAGUUCGAUUACCUCCUCCUUAUAAUGGACAUAGUAAUGCUGUUGAAACCAAAAUAUCUAAUAUCUAAACGGCUUCCUUCUUAUAGGUUGUGAUUCUUUCUCCACUUUUCAUAGUCUGAUUUCAUGAUGUUUUUCUUAUAUUUUAAUUAUCUUUAUCAACAAUUUUAUAUUAAAAUCAAGCACAGUCAGUAAUUAUUUACAACUUACCAUUGUGAAGAACUUGUUCUCAUUUUAUGAAUUACCGUGAAAGUUCCCUUCUUAGAAAGGUGGAUUUUAUUGUUGUUAAAGGUAAUCCACUUGAAUGUUUAUACCUAUAUAAAAUGUGAUAAUUUUUCCUCUUGUUUUUAAGAAUGCCAUUUUGUUUUGUUUUAAAAUACCACUUUAAAUAUUUUUAAGCAUGUAUAGAUCUGUUUAAACACUUGGAAUGAUUGUAGGCAAAUAGGAAGUUAUAAAAGCGUAUUGUUAAUUGAUUUGAUUUCGGAAUUCUUUAUUGAAACAUUUAUCGUGUUGCUUCAUUGUUAUCAAACCACACUGGAAAAUCUAAUUGUGUGUUUUUUUAUAUUGUACUGCAUUAAGUUGUCUAUGUUAGUCUUAUAUUCAGGGGACAUCUUUAUCAUUGUUUUGAGGGUUGCAUUUUCUAAAAGAAUAUCUUGUAUUGAUAUUAUUGAUUGUGUGACAACAUUUUAUUUUGCUUUCUUUAAACAUGUGGUAAUUUUACUGACAAAAUCUUCUGUUCACUUCAAAUGUCAGAUGUCUUUGCAGUCUAUAGUCACUACAAAUUUUGUCAAUUUUCUGUAAGAAUUUAUCUAGAAUGUGAUGCUUUUCUUUUGACUGAGAAAUCCUAUUUGACAAUUACUCAACUGUAUCUUGAUCUGGAUUCGUAGAUUUUAGCAGUUGUAUGUUAUGUAGAAAUACAUAUUCCCUAUCUGUUGCGCCAUCAUUUUCCCUAUUUUAUUAAUUUUUAAAUGUACAUUGGUUGUAUUAUAAUAAAUUGUGACUGGCACAAUGUGUGUACAUAAAAGAUUUAUGUUCUUGUAAAUUUCUUGUUCAAAGUUAUUGAGUGUAAAAAGUUAGUAUACUGAAUGUGAAAUUAUGGAGUACUAACUUUUCUUUCCUAUAAAGUUGAUAUGUGUUUUCAGUAGUCUGAUGAAAUUGAGCAUUUCAUUUCAUCAAUUUUCUCCUCUCUCACACCUGACUUAAAGGAUCAAUACUGCAGAGUUGUAUGGCUUUGCUCAGGAAUUACUAAUUAGUCUUUUUGAGUUUUUUUUUAUUUAUUUAAGCUGGACAACUGAGCUAGCCUUUUAACCAUAGAAUGAAUAUAUUUUUACAUGAAACUGAUGUACUGUAUGUAACUCUCUUUGUAAGUAUUUAUGUUUACCAUCUUACUAUGCUCCUGCUAAUUUACUUCUAGUAGGUUGUUCAGAAUGCAUAGAUGUUCAAGUUCUCUAGUCAUUGUAUUCUGUUAAAUUUGCUGGUUUCUUGUGGUCCACCUUCAAGGUGAAAAGCAAUUACAUUGCUUUUUUUGUAGGUCUGUGCUUGUCAUCCCUCUCUUACGCUCUGAUUCUUUUUCUUAAUUUAAAGACUGAUCGUCUUCUGGGACUUCAUUAGUCCUUGGUUACGUAACAAAGAACUGACUUGUGGAACAGAAAGUAAAGGAUCUUUCAUCAAAUUUGAAAUGUAAAUUUAACUAUGCAUUUGUAAUUUCAUAACUGCCAUGCCUAAAAUUGUGUAAAACUGUAUUGUGACAGACAAAAGGACAAGUUGCCAUAAACCAUUUUCCAACCAGAAUGUAUCACAGGUUUGUGGUACUUACAGUAUAUAAUAGGUAUUUCAUUAUUUGUAAAUGAACUUGUAUUAAUACAUGUUAAUAAAUGAUACAUAAAGAUUGAAA